AGUCAAGUCCUACAUACCUAGGCAUGUGAGCUUGAACUGUACUUGAGCACCUAUUAUUUUGUAGACGAUGUUCCAGUAAUAUCCUUUCAAUGACCAACCGUCACACAUGAACGCAAGGAAACCUUGAAAUUUAUAUCGAGAGUCUAGGAGCAUCAACAUCGGAACUAUUACGUAAAGCAUGGCUCUCGACGACCGGCCUUCGUCAAAGGUUCAGCUCCAUAAUAUCCAACGAUCCGGUUCGCUAGAUUUGAGGAAAUGCAUCAUCGCCGGUCUUCAAAGUACUCCGAAGACGAUGCCUUCGCUACUUCUUUGGGACGAUCAAGGACUUAGAAACUAUGAGGCUUGGACGAACGAUCCAGCGUACUAUCCAAAACGUUGCGAAUGGGAUAUUCUACGGAACUGCGCAACUGACAUGGCUGGUCAACUUCCAACGAAGUCUGCCAUCAUUGAGCUAGGCUGCGGAAACCUCAGUAAAACUGCAUGGCUACUUUCUAAUAUGGCAAAGAAACACCGACAUGUGGUGUACUACGCUCUGGAUGUCUCUGGUGAUGCUCUCUACACAAAUUUACGCGACCUCGAGAAACAGUUAGCUGCAUCUCAUUAUGUACAAAUUUCUGGAUUAUGCGGCACCUAUAGCGACUGCGUCGAGUGGUUGGCUAAUUCGCCCCCUCUUCCGGUGUCUACGGUGACAUUUCUAUGGCUGGGGAACAGCAUUGCCAAUAUGACCCAAGACGACGCAAGCGCCUUGAUGGGGCAGUUGCGAGCAGCUUGUGAGAAAAUGAGCGUCGAUUGUAACUUUCUUAUUUCCGCGGACGGUUGUCAGAUAGAAAAUCGAAUACUUAAGGCGUACAACCCUACGAACGGACCGUCCAAAGUGUUUCUCUUCAAUGGCCUUCACCAUGCAAACAGACUUCUGGGGCCAGUGACAUUCAAAGAGGAGGAGUGGGCCGCCAUCCCUGAGUGGAACAAGGAGGAGAAUGAGCUUCGAUACUACUACGCGCCUAAGAGAGAUAUCCAACUAAAGAUCGGUGAAUUAAGCAUUGGAGUGAAGAAGGAGGAGAUGAUCUAUUAUUUCAUGUCUGGGAAAUGGAGCGAGACGCAGAUGAGCUCUAUUGCUAGCAGGGCAGGGCUGAGCAUUGGUAAAAUAUGGAAAGACGUCCAUUACGAGUAUGGUGAGUAUUUUAAGGUCAUAACUCCACAUUCUUUGGCGUAGUUAUAUUGAGAUUUCUAUCUAGGUUUUUAUCAUUUACAGAGCUCGACAAAGUCUCCUCCUUCUGUUGGACGAAGCGUAUCGACCGAACGGUCACUGCUUUGAUUGGAUCAAUCUUGCACGGAUUAGUUAUUACGCAAAAUAUUAUGUACGAUAUAAUACUUUUUAACUUAAUUUAUUUAUUUACGCAAGAAAAGUUUUGUUUUUCAGGUUUUAUUAACGUAAAAUUUGUUAAUAUAAUAAUAAAAGGUUAAAUUUUACUUUA